AUGGGGUUUGAAAUUAUCACCAGCAGCCCUAAACUGCCUCAGUCAAAUGGUCUUGCUGAGUCUGCAGUGAGCACAGCUAAAAAAAUCCUGUCAAAAUGUAAAGAUGUUGAAAUUGGUCUACUUUCCUACCGAACAGCUCCUUUGGAAAAUGUAUAUUCCCCAGCGGAAUUACUCAUGGGAAGGAAGAUCAGGAGCACCGUCCCUAUCUUAACAGAAAACCUACGUCCCUCUUUGCCAGACCAUGCAAAGAUCCAAGCUAAGGAAAAACUCAUCAGGGAGGGGAUGAAGGCCAGAUAUGACAAGCGCCACGGGGCAAGGGACCUUUCCGAUCUUCAUCCCGGCUGUACAGUUUGGGCCCUUUCACACGAGGCCACUGGUGGCGGACACCGGUGUCCGCCACCAGUUACCGGCCGGGAAACUGCAGUGGAUGGUACAGGCAACUUACAAGCCACUCUACUACAGCCACUGUACUGGUAG